UUUUUUUUUUUUUUUCUAACAAAAUGACUAGUCAGGAGUAUUAUGGCCAAGAAAUGAACCUCGUUGAGGUUAUUCGUGAUGAAUUACGCCAAGCCACAAUCGAGGUGAGAAGAAAUCACCGAACAGAAGAACAAAAUAAACGUCGAGCUUUGGGAGAAAUAAUAAAAAAUGAUGACUCCUGGACUUUAGACACAAUUAUUAAAAAAACAAAAGAUUUGAGAAAAAAACCUUUGUCGAUUGACGAUUAUAUCAAGUUGCAAAAUUCCUUGAUUCAGGAUGAAGAAAACAUCAAAGGAUUUUUAUCAGUCGGUGGUUCAAUAGCAGCGUUGAUUCGCGACCUAACGAGCAUAAAACCCAGCAUUGAACUAGCCGCUGCACAUUGUUGCUGUAAUAUUGCUCUUGGAAAUAAAUCACAGUGCACAACUUUGUGUAAAUAUGCGGGUCCUUAUUUAGUUGAGCAAUUAGAUACUUUAAGCAAUCCUCUCUUGGAAAUAAGUGCCUGGACCGUUGGUAAUCUGUGUGGAGGCAGUAAAAAUGCAUUUAAAGCACUGUAUGCACAAGGCUGUCUUUGUCGUUUACUUUCACUAUUGCGUGAUUGUGACAUAAUCAUCUUACCGUCAAUUAUUUAUGCAGUUACCCAGUGUCUCAACGAAGGAUUUGAAUUAAUCAACGACUUGGAGGCUGUCGAAAUGUCUAAAGGAAUAAUUGAGCGAGGUUGUUAUGAUAAUUCGUCUGGUAUCUGGGUUUUGGCACUUUUAUCUUCCAAAUUAGAAUGUCGCGAGACUCUUUGUACCAUUUUAUCCUCAGUAUUUGACUUAUUGAUGGUUAAGAUUAAUGAAGAGCCUUCUGAUACUAAAUUAAUAACAGCGGCUAUGAGAUUGCUGGCAAAUUUAAUCCCCGAGUCUACUGGUUUUGCUGCUAAUGUCAUUUUUUACAAUCCCAAGUACUCAAUUACUGAUGUCGAGAAAUUAUUUAAUAGAUUGUUGCUUUAUCCACACGUUCAUGUGAGAAAAGAAACUUUAUGGUUAUUAGGAAAUCUUUACAACCAUCCUCAAGAACAAGUGAGUCAAGCGGUUAAAGAUUUACUGCCUCGCCUAGAUAAUUUAAAACUAGCCAUCCAGUCAGUCACUAUCUAAAAUCUAAAAGAUAGUUAAUCGUAAAACUUGUGACCAGAUAACUACUUAUAAAUAUUAAAAUGAUAACCGCGUUGCUGAAAACCUUCUUCUGGGUGACAUGGUUGAUAAGGCGUUUAUAUUUUCAGCCAAAUCUUCGAUGCAACCAACUUUAACGACAUUGAAAUAAAGUUUACCCAUAAUACUAGCCGUUGGACUGUCUAAAUUUUUUAGACACUGAUAGAAUGCAUUGUCACAAUCACAGUGAGAUCUGCGAAAAAAAAUUUAUUUAUAAAAAUACAAUAAUAUUUAUUUACUCGAAAAAUUUUAUUAAUUACUCGGCAACUUACUUGCUAUACAAUGAGUAAUUAGUAAGAUUAUAGCGACUUCGUUGUGCGCGAAUUUUCACAGGACACAAAUCAUGAGUCCGACAACAUCUGUGAUAAAAAAUUGAUAAUUAGCGUUAUUGAUAUUCCAUUUAAUUUUAUUUAAUUAAAGAAAAAAAAGUUUCAUGUCAAUGUACUACUUACUGAUCGAUUUCAGUAUCUGAUCCGAGAUCAUGAUAAUUUUCGGCAAUGUCUCCAGUUCCACACCAUUUAGUACCUAGAGACAAUAAAGUGUUUUAUUGUCAUAGCUAAAGA